AAAAUGAAAUAAUAAAAAUCAAUUCUUUCAAAAUUUUCCAAUUCAUUAAAAACUUUCAAAAUUAAAGAAAAAAGUUGGAUUUUUCCAAAAUUAACAAAAUUUUUAGUAAAACAUAAUAAAUAAAAGCCAAAAAAUUCCAAGAAACUCAAUCUCUCUCAAAAAACAUAAGCAGUUAGAGAGAAUUUAAUAAAUAAUAUAAAAAAACCUUUAAAAAAAAUCCGCUGCUUUCAAGAGAUUAACGCGAAUAUAGUCGAACUCUAGAACUCUAGAGAAUCCUCAAGGACUUAAGAGCAAAACCAAAAAACUCAAUCUCUUUUAAAAAAGUUAAGCAGUGAGAGUCUCAAGAAUCCUUAAGAGCAAAACAUUUUGUUCCUUUUUAAGGAUUUAAAACUCAAAAAUUCAUGAAACUCAAUAUUUCUUGAAAAACAUAAGCAAUCAGAAGGAAUUUAUUAAAAAUCUUGGAAAAAUAAUCUCUGCUUUCACCGGAAUAUUUAGAUAGAAUUCAAUCCUACUGAAUCCUCAAGGGCUUAAGAGCAAUCAAUAUUUCUUUUUUUAAGGUAUCUAAAACUCUAAAAACACGAGUCUACACGAUGAUAACCCCCGUUCUAGUGGUGCCGCUAAAGCCGGACCGGGUUCCGAACAAGUAUCUCCUGCAGGUAGUGGUACUAACAAAACGGGAAAACCUAAAUCGAUAUUGGAGGAACAUGGCAUACUGAUGGGUAAAGUUAUUGGUUCGGGAAAUUAUGCCAAAGUCAAGAUUGGCUAUUCGGAAGAGUAUGGCAAACGAGUGGCCAUUAAAAUCAUAUCGAAAGUUAAGGCACCGGCGGAAUAUACGCAUAAAUUUUUACCACGAGAAAUAGAGGCAGUGAAAGGAUUGCAUCAUGAUAAUCUGAUAACGUUUUAUCAGAGUAUUGAGACGAGUCAUAGGGUCUAUUUAAUAAUGCAAUUGGCGGAGAAUGGCACUCUGUUGGAUUAUGUACGUGACAAAAAAUAUCUAGAUGAGGCUCAAUCCCGAAAAUUAUUUCAGCAACUAAUCAGUGCUGUAGAAUACAUACAUUCUAAAGGAGUAGUUCAUAGGGAUAUAAAAUGUGAAAAUCUUUUAUUAGAUGAAAAUUUCAACCUAAAAUUAAUUGAUUUUGGUUUUGCACGCAAAGACACACGUACCAGUGAUCAGCAGGUGAUCUUAUCGAAAACUUUUUGUGGCAGUUAUGCCUAUGCAAGUCCAGAGAUUUUAAAAGGUGUGGCCUAUGAUCCAUUUCUCUCUGACAUCUGGGCCUGUGGUGUGGUAUGCUAUGCCAUGAUCUUUGGCCGUCUACCCUAUGAUGGCUCUAAUGUUAAUGUUUUACUGAAACGUAUAAACGCAUCUUUGGUUUUUCCUAAAACGCCUUCGGCCAGCACUGAGUGUAAACAAUUGAUUUUACAUAUAUUGGCGCCAAUUAAAAUGCGUUUUAGUUUAAGCCAAAUUAAAGAAGAUCCAUGGCUGAGCAUGACUUAAACAAAGUGUAAGAGAUGGCAGAAAAUAAUGAUCUUACAAUUACAAGGUACAGGAGAGAUUGAGAUUUUUUUGGAAUAAGGCAAAGUCAAACAUUUUCGGUUAAGUUUUCUUAUUUAUUAAAUUUAAAAUAAACAAAUAA